CUUCUCCACUUAUGUCUGUCCGCAUCGAAGGCUUGAUCGCCUCCUCCACGAAUACUGGUGUUUAAAUGUCUAAGCUGCAAUCCAACAGUAAUGCGUUCUUAUAUUUAAACUUGUGUUUAUCUAUACCGUGGAUUAUCCUACUACUAGCGUUCCAAAGAGCUUGGAGCGGUUCGCCAUUGAACUUGCACGACGUCUCACUCAAGAAUACAACCCACACUUUCCUGCUAGAUCCGAAAUUUCACAAUUAUGACACCAAUUCGGCACGCUAUUGGAGGGAGACAAUACCGGAAAAUGACGGAUUCAUCAAGUUUUGGAACUCAGAUAGAACAAGAGUUUGGAAAGGCGUGACAAUGUUCCACGAGUUGCACUGCCUUGUUGCAUUGCGACUUGAGUUUCAACUGAUUCUCAAUGAGAAAGAGAAGAUCAGUGAGCUUCUUCAAGAUGGUGAUAAGCCUCACAUAGCACAUUGUUUUGACUACUUAAGAUAGGCGAUACUUUGUGCCGGCGACUCGACAACCGAACGUGUUUCUUCAAUGAACGGAAUAGGAGAAGGAUGGGGAGUAGAUCAUAACUGUAGAGAUUUUACUACUCUUUAUAAAAUGACAGGAAACUCAAAAGUGGAAUAAUAUUUAAACAUAUGGAUACCACUUCGUAUGUCAUACCAUUUCAUGGUAUAUGAGAUAUAAGGGUGGCUACUUUUAUAUCUUCAUUGUAGUUAGUACUAAAUACUAGGCUGAGAGUUGAAUCAUGA